GAGACACUUUAUAACAGAACGUCAGCGCCGGCGUUAAUCUAGUCUGAGGCGACGCUUGGACGGACGGACUACCGCUGUCGGACUCUCGCUGGGAAACGUUGCUUCUGCUUCUUGCGAACCACUUCUUUGCUCCUUUUGGACACAGCGACGAGCUCCGCUCCGAAUCAUCUGAAAGAUGCUGCUUCUACUACUGGGAAUCAUCUUCCUGCACGUAGCUGCACUGGUUCUCCUGUUUGUGUCAACAAUUGUCAGCGUGUGGGUUUCAGGUGAUGCCGGCUCCUCAGACCUCUGGAGAAACUGCACUACUGACAGUCUGGGACCCGACUGUAAUCCAGCAUCAACCGGAGAAUGGAUUCAAGCGGUCCAGGCCGUCAUGAUCCUGUCCAUCAUCUUCAGCUGCCUGUCUCUCGUCCUCUUCUUCUGCCAGCUCUUCACUUUGCAGAAGGGCGGACGCUUCUUCCUCACCGGAACCUUCCAGAUCCUCGCCAGUCUGUUCGUGAUGAGCGGCACCAUCAUCUACACGGUGAUGAGUCCGGAGUGGGUCAACGGGAACUACUCCUUCGGCUACUCCUACAUCCUGGCGUGGGUGGCCUUCCCGCUGGCGCUGGUCAGCGGACUCAUCUACGUCAUCUUAAGGAAGCGAGAAUGAGCCGUGGCUCCAUCCCAGUGCUCCCAGUCUGCGCAGGUGUCACCCACUCUGACAGAUAGAGCAGCAGUGGCCACGGAGCCGUCAGAUCACAUCAGGGGGCAGAUACCAAAAAGCAACAUGCAAACAACCAACACUGUCUCACUCAAAGGAUGUAUAUAGUAUCUAUGGUUUAAAACCUAUUUAUAACACUUUUUACAUAUGUGUAUAUAGUUUUUGUGUUGCUCUGCUCAUUAAGUGCCUCAGUGUUCGUUUGUAAUGACAAAUAAUUACAUGCUUUUUUGUUGUGUUUUCCUUUUUUUCCCUUUUUGUUUUUGCCAAAAAAUAAGUAAAAAAACGCAGAAGAAAGUUUCCUGAAGUAUAUUAAGCUUGAGUGCAUGUGUAGAAGUAGAAGAGCAACUAAAGGAGUGGUGACAUCCGCUAACGAAGCACAGCCAUGGAACAUGGAUCUGGUCCUUUUUCUACUCUGUGAAUUUGCAUGUUUCCGUGUUUUAAUUUUGGGUAUUUUUUCCUUUUUUUCUUAUUUUCAACAAAGAUGGUGCUAUAUAUUUAUCAUUCCUAUUACAUUUACAGGAGUUACUUUAGUAGCUUGCCACUGAGUCAAAUGAGAAUGGGACAGGGGUCCUCGUCCUGUGCGGCGCCCACGGCCUCUUUAGGGAACAGCUCCUCCUCGUUCAGCAUUGAGUUUGAGUUUUUAUUGAAGCAUUGAUGACAUCAUCACAGAAGUCAGUAUUACUGAGCAGCAGGUUUACUUCACAGCUUUAGUUCAGCUCCCAUCCUGAUGAAUGUGUCCCCCGUGUGAUGUAACAUUCUAAUAAACGUGACACUGGAGGAAAAGAUGUUUCUAACACAACUAGCAGAAAACGCCAAAGAAGUGAAGCCAUAUAUGAAAAGUAGCAGAUGAUCGGAUGAAGCAUUUAGUAUUAAGUCCAUACAUGUAGGUGAGCAGAAGGACAGGGGUCUGAGGCGAUGACACAAUGUCUGUUUCCCGUACUUGAAGUUUGACGAGCUGCAGUCUCUCCCCUCGUCUGCAAACGCUUCUACUGUAUCACAUAUACUUAUGUGUUGUGCACAACAGAUGUUCAUGGCAAUCAAGCCCGAAGCGGCCACUUACUCAAUAAAAAGAAGCCAGUC